AUGUACUUCUCCACGAUUGCUGUCGGGGUACUACUCAGUGUCGCUCGAGUGAGUGCCAUUGACCUCGAGACAGACAUCAGCAAGAUUUCUAGGAGCUGGGGUCAAGUGUCCGUAUAUGCAGAUAAUGACGAGGAUUAUUUUGGUGUGGAGUAUGUCGGUCUCCCGGAUGGAUGUCAGAUCGAAUCUGCAAGCACUCUACAACGCCAUGCUCAGCGAUUUCCAACCAGUGGCAACGACGACGGUGGAAAUGAUGCGCGAUUUGCCCAGAAGCUGUCGAACUUCACAUCUGGAAAUUCUACAGCUUCCUUCACUGGCCCUUUGGCGUUCUUGAACAAAUAUCAGUAUGUGAUGCAAGACAGUGGUCUGUUGACGGGCAUUGGAGCUUCGACAGAAUUUGCUGCUGGUGUUACAUUCUGGAAUCGAUACGGACGAACCCUCUACAACGCCACUCAAGCUCAGCUGGCAUACAAUGCGAGUUAUCCCAAUGGCACUGCACGAGCACCCGUUGUUUUGAGAACCACAUCUCAAUCCAGAAUUGAGAACAGUCAGAUAAACUGGGCUCUUGGAUUCUUUGGCACAAGCUUUCAAACAGUUCCUGACCCAACACUCGCCAAUUUCACCUCGCCAUUUGAGGUCGUCAUCAUUCCAGAAGGAGGAACUGAGAACAACACAUUGGCUUCUUACGAUAGCUGUUUCAAUGAUGAUGAUGCUGUUAUUGGGUAUCUAGGCGAUGACGAUCUCUUCACCUACUUGCCCAAGUACUUGGGUGCUGCCACCGCUCGCUUGCAAAAGUAUGCGCCUUCUGGAUUCACAUUCAAUUAUAACGACACAUAUGCGAUGCAGAGCAUUUGUGCCUACGAGUAUAAUUACAUUGGAAUGUCGGACUUCUGCUACCUAUUUACCGCUGAUGAAUGGGCCGGCUUCGAGAAUACGCUGGAUAUGGAAUUGUACUCUCUAACAGCUGCAGACUACUAUGACUAUUCUUACGGCAACCCUACAGGGCGUGCUCAAGGAAUAGGCUACGUCCAAGAACUCAUCGCUCGUCUCACACACACCUACAUCACCACCUCCGAUUCCAGCGUCAACUCCACCAUCGACAACAAUCCCACAACCUUCCCCCUCCACCAACCCUUCUACGCCGACUUUAGUCACGACGACAUCAUCGUCUCGGUCCUAACCGCAAUGUCUGUCGAUUACUUCCGCGACCCUCCCUCCUUAACCCAAUACCCACCCAACCCCAACCGGCACUUCAUCCUCUCGCACAUGACGCCCUUCGGCGGGCGUCUCAUCACCGAAACAAUCGGUUGUUCGUCCCCGGACCCGUAUCCUGUCAAAACCCACCACACAGCCUAUACGCCUACGCAAUAUGGCUACGACCCCGCCAACGCGACGUACAAAUUCGUGCGAAUGCGAUUGAACAAUGGCAUUGUGCCGUUGAACACCAUUCGCGGCGGAUAUUGCGGGAAUGCGACGAGUGGGAGAGUCGAUGGGAUGUGUGCGAUGGAGGCGUUUUUGGAGAGUCAGGAAUCGGCGUAUAUGUUGAGUAAUUAUGAUUAUGCGUGUUUUGGGAAUUAUAGUAUUGCGAAUGCAACGAGUGGAAUGGAUUAUGAUGGGACGAUUAGUGCUUGA